UAUCAAAAGAGUUAGAUACAUUUCUGGAUUAUGCUUCAAAAUCUAAAGAAGUUGUUCGAGAUAAAAGCAAAUCUGUUAGAAGCUCAGCAAAAGAACAAAAGUAUAGAAGUGAUUCAGUUAAACUAAAUUUAUCUGGUGAUGAUUUUUCUAAUUGA